CUUGAAGGCCUUCAUGGCAUUGUCGUAAGUAUGGGUGGUCAGACGCCGAACAACCUUGUUAUGCCGAUGCACCGGUUGGGCCUUAAGAUCCUCGGGACCAGUCCAGAAUCUAUCGAUACCGCAGAGAACCGUUUUAAAUUUAGCCGGUUGCUUGAUCGCCUUGGCAUCUUACAGCCGAGUUGGAAAGAGGUGACAGAUAUCGAGUCAGCUAAGAUUUUCUGUCAGCAGGUAUGUGGCUUUGAGCUCAACGCUCUUACUUACUAUCAUGAUUUUCGAGUCAAUCUUUAUAGUUGCUUAAUACCAUUUUUGCCCCUCUUUUAUGCCAAGUUGGUCUGCAUUGAAGAUUAUAUCUAA